AUCUAGCUCUGUUCCAAUAAAAUUUGAGGACUCCCCGUGUCGCUGAGAGUCUCACUAUCUUCUCAGCCGUCGGAGUCGUAGUCCAAUUCUCUCUCUCACGUCACAGUCUCUUUAGCUUUAUCAUUAUAUGAAAUGGACCACAAAGGACAGCACAGACCCAUCGCUGCCACCACAAAAUCCAGGAUGAUAUCAGCUGAGGAUGCUCUUGCGACGGUGCUCACGGUGGCUCAGCGGCUGCCACCAAUAACGUUGCCACUCCAUGAUGCUUUGGGUAAGGUCCUAGCCGAGGAUAUUCGUGCACCAGACCCUUUGCCUCCAUACCCAGCCUCAAUCAAGGAUGGUUACGCAGUAGUUGCUUCAGAUGGGCCUGGUGAAUAUCCGAUAAUUACUGAAUCAAGAGCUGGGAAUGAUGGGCUUGGUGUGACAGUCACUCCUGGAACUGUUGCUUAUGUAACAACUGGAGGACCUAUACCCAAUGGUGCUGAUGCGGUUGUUCAGGUCGAGGAUACUGAAGUAAUUGAGGAUGGUUCAGUUGAAUCAAGAAAAGUAAGAAUAUUGGUGAAGACUAGCGAAGGUGUUGAUAUUCGUCCUGUGGGAAGUGACAUUGAAAAAGAUGCCAUAGUAUUAAAAUCUGGAGAAAGACUAGGUGCCUCAGAAAUUGGUCUACUUGCUACUGUUGGUGUUCUGAUGGUGAAGGUAUAUCCUACACCAACAAUCGCUGUUCUUUCCACAGGAGAUGAACUUGUGGAACCAACAACUGCUUGUCUAAGUCGUGGCCAGAUUAGGGACUCCAAUCGUGCUAUGUUACUUGCAGCUGCAAUACAGCAACAAUGCAAGGUUCUUGAUCUUGGAAUUGCUAGAGAUGACAAAGAAGAUCUUGAUAGGGUAAUGGACAAAGCCUUUUCUGCUGGGAUCCAUAUUCUUCUAACUUCAGGUGGUGUUUCCAUGGGGGACAGGGAUUUUGUCAAGCCACUGCUUGAAAGGAAAGGGACUGUGCAUUUCAACAAGGUUCUCAUGAAACCAGGGAAGCCUGUGACAUUUGCGGAGAUAAAUUCAAAACCAGUAGAGAAUGUUAUGUCAGAAAAAAUUCUUGCGUUUGGAUUACCUGGAAAUCCAGUGAGCUGUCUAGUUUGUUUCCAUCUCUUUGUAAUCCCUGCCAUCCGCCAUCUUUCUGGAUGGGCCAAUCCACGUCCUCUGAGAUUGCAGGCUCGUCUUCACAAGUCUAUAAAAGCAGAUCCAAUCCGACCAGAAUUUCACCAUGCCAUUAUUAGAUGGGAGGCUAAUGAUGGAUCAGGCAAUCCUGGAUUUGUUGCUGAGAGCACUGGUCAUCAGAGGAGCAGCCGGCUUUUAAGUAUGAAAUCAGCUAAUGUUCUAUUGGAGUUGCCAGCAACAGGCAGUGUGAUUCCUGCUGGAACAUCUGUCUCAGCCACCGUUAUAUCUGAUUUAAGCAGUACUGCUUCUGUUGAAACUGGCUUAGCUUCAGCUGUCUUGGGACACAGAUACUCAUCUGGAGGAACAAGUAAACAUGAGUCUGAGAAUGCAGAGUUCAGGGUAGCAGUUCUAACAGUUAGCGAUACUGUUGCAUUAGGUGCUGGGCCUGAUCGCAGCGGACCUAGAGCGGUAUCUGUUGUGAAUUCCUCAUCAGAGAAGUUAGGAGGAGCAAGAGUAGUUUCAACAGCUGUUGUCGCAGAUGAUGUAAGCGAAAUCAAAGAUGUUCUGCAGAGAUGGAGUGAUAUUGAUAAAAUGGAUCUCAUCCUUACCCUGGGUGGCACUGGCUUCACCCCCAGAGAUGUGACUCCUGAAGCUACAAAGGAGUUGAUUGAGAGGGAAACACCUGGUCUUCUAUAUGUCAUGAUGCAAGAGAGUUUAAAGGUGACGCCAUUUGCUAUGUUGUCGCGCUCUGCUGCAGGAAUAAGAGGGUCAACACUGAUUAUAAAUAUGCCUGGAAAUCCAAAUGCAGUUGCAGAAUGCAUGGAUGCUUUGUUGCCUGCACUUAAGCACGCAUUAAAGCAGAUAAAAGGAGACAAAAGGGAGAAAAAUCCUCGUCAUGUUCCUCAUGCACAAGCAUCACCUACAGAUACAUGGGAACGCAGCUACACAUUGGCUUAUGGAAAUGUCCCAGAACCUAGUUGUCCUUGUUCUCAUUAGAUUGUGGUUUAUCAAGUAAUUUUCGUAUUGUAUGGGUCUCUUGAUUCUACAUUAAAAUCUUAUGUUGUCUGUUUUCUCAAAUUUCAUGUCCUGAAAAUUGUGACAGGGAACAGAGCACAAACUUGUAUCUGAUAAAAUUUGUAAAUUGAAUUUCUUGUAUCAUUAAGAUGGAGCAUUUGAUUCUUCCAA